ACCUCUCCUCUCCAUCCAGCGCAACGCACGCGAGCGGGAUUGAAUGCACGCCGCGCGCGCGAAAGGCCGGCUUUUCGAUAUUCGGAGAUAUAGCACACAUCGAGAACAACAAACACCGUCACAACACGCGACGCCGCAUACUGCUCUCGCGUUGUCUCUUGCGUUGCGCUUCGCGGCCGCGAAGAAUCCCGACGUUUAGGCGGUUUUUAGUCACUCACUCAGUCCGCGUGCGACCGUUCGAUCAGUCACACCGCUGAAUACAGCGAGCGCACGCGACGCGAUACGCACAUGUUACUCAACCACCUUCUUCUCUCAGCGAACUUUCCUCGUGUUCUUCGCGUGUGUUAAUCCAACAAGUGUCUUAUAUUAUUAACGUUUAAACUUUGUGCCUUAUUACAAGUGACUUAAUUUAAAACUUGGAUAUUUCUGGAAGAAACGUGCACAGACAAGUAUAAAAUUUGAUAAACUUGUUUUUGUUUUGUUUAUGCACAAACUUGUAAAAUAUCAGCGAGAUUAAAUGCGCGCAGCAAUCUUAACGUUCACCUUCGACGACCGCUGAUUACAAUUGACUUUGUUUGACACGCGCAUUACACAACAUUUCUGGAAAACAAUUUCUACAUAGUGCGCGAAUAGUGCGUGGGUAUUCACUGCAUUUGGAAAGGAUUGACAUCCUGAUUGUGGUUUUAGUACCAAAAGGAGAAAGGAUUUUUGUUUGAGGAACUGUGACUUUUAUUCGCGGUUGGAUAUUGUGGUUGUGCAUGGAAGGACUCCUCUCGGGCCGCCGAGGGUUGGUGUACGAUUAAAACCGGGAUAUGGAUACGGGGGCGUGCUGUUUAGCCCCCUCGGCUCCUUUGCACUCUGACGAUCAAAUCGUGCCGGCUCAUCCAGGCGACUGUUGGAAUCCACCGACGAAUCAUUCGCAGCCAUUUUUAGACGCUUGGCUACAAAUGCAGACAAGUGACUUUGAAACGUUCCUGUGCAAGCAGGAAUGGGAGCGACGCUUCGACGAAGAGCUAGAAAAACCACGGCGAGACUCUGCCUCGCAGAUCGAUGAAUUCUUCGAACCGCCCCGCCACCAGCAGACCAUGAGCUACGUGUCCAUGCGAACGCUGCCCGGGAAUGACGACGAUGUCUUCCUGCGGCCACCACUAUGGGAGGACAUUGCAAGCAGUAUUCAAAAUAUCGAUCCGGAGAAUGCUAACAUGUUGGCGGUCGGUGCUGGUCUUAUAAAACUAGAAGCCAUUGAUGAUAUGUCCGCCACAUGCGCACCUACCCCGACGCCAUUGUUAUCCCCCUUGGAAAUUAAAACGGAAAAGAUUAUUCAACAACCUGCGCCUACAUUACAUUUAAUGGGGACGCCUUCAUCCCCUUACAAUCCACAACAACCGAUGAGUCCUCAACACAAUCAGCCGCCACACUUCCAACAGCAGCAGGUCCUCCAUCCGCCCAAUAAUAAUGCGCAUGCGCAGUACAAUCACCAAACGCAUGGAAAAUAUGGCAGCCCACCGUUGGGGCCGGCGCCCGCCAACGCUUUGUAUCCACCAAUGUCGCGGCUCAUUCCGUACGUGUCCCCAUUGACUCCGCCCAGUUCGGAGCCGGGAUCACCAGGCGGAACGCUGCCGAGACGCACGCCGCCCCCGCCAUAUCCUGCACCAAACUGCCAGCCCACUACCCCGCAAGCGCCGGCGCGGAUCACGCAGGGGGUUCGGUACAAUCGGAGAAAUAAUCCGGAGCUCGAAAAGCGAAGGAUACAUCAUUGCGAUUUUAUGGGAUGUACAAAAGUGUAUACGAAAAGCUCUCAUCUAAAAGCUCAUCAGAGGAUCCAUACAGGUGAAAAACCAUAUCAGUGUCAAUGGGCCGAUUGCGAAUGGCGAUUUGCACGAUCCGAUGAACUCACCCGCCAUUAUCGGAAGCAUACCGGUGCAAAACCAUUCAAAUGCGCCGUCUGCGAACGCUCGUUCGCGCGUUCUGACCAUCUGGCACUGCACAUGAAGCGACAUUUACCAAAAACAAAUAAGUGACUAGUCGCCAACGAUCGUCGCGGCAACAACAACGCGGCCAUCGUCACCGUAUAGUCACACCAGAAGUGCAGAAAUGCUAAAACAGAAACAAUUCAUUCCACAAUCGUUUCCACGGUAAAUAUAUGCUUCAGUCGAGUUUUCAUUCCCCUGUGACCAAGGAUAAAGAAAUGGUCGGUGAAAAUUUUCAACAAUACAACAACCAACAAAUGUUGCGCAUUCGUAUCGAAAUAGGAAGUUAACAAAUAUCAAGCCAUAGAUGCGGUUGCCAUUUUAUUGAUCGAGCUGUUAAUUCGGUACCAAUCUGUGAAGAUCUCAAAUACUACUUUAAUUUAUUUUACUUAUCCAAUCAUCAUCACAAGGACGAACAAACUUAAUGAAUUUAAGUAAUUAUCUAUUUAUUUCCUUAUCAGAACUACAAAGUGUCCUUUGCAAGCAUGAAAAUGUUAUCACGACAAGAGGCCUUAACGAUAUGCCUUAAAAUUGCCAUUUUAUCAAACUUAUUCCAAUCAAUCAAUGGCUUUUCAACAAUUUGAUAAAUUUAUAUUUAUACAAAAUGUCUGAGCACCCUGGACAUUUACUGAAUAUUAAGAUGUAAAUUUGUUAUUAUACUUACCUUGUAAAAUUGUAUUAUAUCAUUCUUUACGAUAGUAAAUUAUAAAAUGUGAUUUUAUUUAAAACAUUAGCUGCUACAAAUUAGUUAAAUCAUGUACACGACUAAACUUAAGCACCAGCUGCCAGAUUACAUUCAUAUAGGUAUUAUAUUUUAGUAAUUUCAUUGUUAAUUAUUAUUUAUUGCAAUGUUUUGAUUGAAAUUGUUGCGUUGUGUUAAUUGCUUGUGAUUAACAAUUGCCAAUGAGUUGUAGUAUUUUCUUAUCCAUAUUUUAAUGGAGGGCUAUGUUAUAUUUGCUAUGCUAUGCGAUGUGUGCACCUAAAAUCUUUGAAUCCAAAUUUAAUAAUCAAUUGUGUAUCAGUCAAUGUUAUAGUUACAAUUAUGUACGUGGUACAUUGUACUUCAAUCAAGUUUAUCAUUGUAAAAUGCCACGAAUGAAAUGAUUUUUUGAAUUAAUCAUAACGAAAGUGGUCUUAACCAACCGAAGUCACCUCAAAUCUUAAAGUUUCUCUAAGUGGUAGGUAGCACUACGAUAUUUUGCGUAAAUAUUAUUAGAACUAACAGCAUUCCAGAUUGCCACAAUAGUAUAUUGUAUUUUAUGUGUAUAAAACGAGACUUUUUAACUCAAUGAUAAAAAGUUGCUUUUUCACGCUGUUUUCUACGAUAAAUGCUAAAUGUUAAUUAGUAUUGUGAUAAUACACUCACCACCAACGCAAUAUCGUAGAAAAACAGUUUGUAAUUAUAAUGUGCGUACAAUGUUUAUUAACGCAAGUAAUUUUGUUUGUUUUUCUUUCGAUAUCAUAAGCAAUUUUGUAAUAUUUAAUUCUACACUUUACCGUACUAGCGUUGUGAUUUUUAUAAAUAGUAUUCUCUUCUGUAGUGCGAUAGAUAUUUACCUUCACGAUUUACUCGAUAUCAGCUUGCAAUUAAAGCGUACCCAGUUCACAAAUUGAAUUCAGUAUAUAAAGUUACCAAAUAUAUAUAACACAAUUUAUUGACGAGUAUUGGUGAACAGUAUUUUCAUUGUGCACCGAGAAUAUAUCCAGUAAUUAUUAAUCUAUAAAUUAUUUUGUACAUACUCGCAUUCCACUCACUUGCGUCAACUUAUGCACCGUUGUAGAUCGUUCUUUUGCAAAUUAACUUAGCGUCCUGUAUAUGUAGCAUACAUUAUUAUAAAGAUUAGAAACAAAACUGACUGGAUACUAGUCCAGAGAUAGAUAACUACUUAUAUAUUAUUAUGAAUGAUACAUUCGAGAUGUCUAUACACAUUCCAGCAAGAUGUAUUACGAUGUAAAAAAUAAAUGCGUACUAUGGAAUAUUAUACCGUUGAUUUCGAUUGUGUAUUUUGUUCAGAUAUUUGGCUUGUAUGAUGUGUAUUUUGUUAAUGUAUAUGUUAUUUAUAUUAAGUAGCAAUGUUGGCCGUUUGAUGAGUUAUGUUUUAGUUCAUGUAAUUGAAUUUAAUCUAAAUCGUCAGUAAUUUUAUAAUUAUUAUAUUAUUUUUACCAUUUGUUGUAAUGAUGUAAUAUACAGAAAUGACUUUACAAUA